UCUCUUAUUGGGCAAGACUUCGCCAACUCACGGUUUCUAGCCAAUCACGGUUGAAAGAUCUGGCUCAGUCGUGAUUUGGAAUCACAAUGUUGUAUUUUCUUGCAAGUGCUACCAGUUCUGAUAAUAUUCCAGUAUAGAUAAGACGUGAUAGAUUUAGUAUGGUAAUCCUAGAGUCCAACUACCGUCCUGACCUGGAGGACCCUAUCUCCAGGCCUUGGCAGCAGCAGGAGCAGUUAGACAACAGCUCUCCUCCUGUUUAUCAUGGAUACCAAGAGACUUUAGGCUUUUCUCAGCUACCCUCGGCUUCUGCUUUAGCUGCUUCUACGCCUACCUACCAAAGAGCUUCUUCCCCUUCUAAAGAUGCUGUUUCACCAGCAUAUCUUGCUGUUCCUUCAACGCCUGUCUACAAGGAAGCAUAUCAUGAAGCUCCUUUAACCCCUUCCUACCAAGCAGGACCCCCUACUCCUAGCUACAAGGAUGUAUCCCCUACUCCUACAAGCCUACCCACACCUCCUACUCCUGAUUAUACAGGACCAAAUUCAACUACAAAAUACACUGAAACCUUUUUCCUCCCUCCCACACCAUAUUCUCCAACAGCAGGGUAUUCAUCAGCACCUACGUCAGGUGCAGCUUCAACACCAAAAUUCUCAUCUCCAUCAUCAUCAUCAUCAUCAUCAGUGUGUUCCACAGCAUCAUCAAUGGAUUAUUCAAACAUUUUCAAAUCAUAUUCUGCUGCUUCUACAUUGCCAACUUCUGCUUUUCCCCUGAGUUCUGAUAGUUUUCUAAAAUCCUGCAGCAAAUAUUCCAGUUAUCCAUCAAACCAUUCAACCUUGCCCUCAAUACACUCACAGGGACUCAAAUUGAAGAAAGAGACCCCCUCACCCUGUAAACCUGAACAAGGUUGGGAUAGUUCUCAGGGUUGGUAUCAACCCCCCACUCCACCUUCUCCAACUUCUCCUAGUUCUGGGGCAAUCUCAUUUCCUUUUGGAUACGAGAAGGAGGAGAAGGGGAAGAUGAAGGAUGGAAGAGAAUGUGUGAACUGUGGAGUAUCUUCUACUCCUCUCUGGAGACGAGAUAAUGGUGGUAAUUAUCUCUGCAAUGCCUGCGGUCUUUAUCACAAGAUGAACGGAACCAAUAGACCUCUCAUCAAACCAAAGAACUCUAGGGUCUCCUCCAGUAAGAGGGAUGGAACCAGCUGUGGCAACUGCUCUACAACAACAACAACACUGUGGAGAAGAACAACAGCAGGAGAGAUUGUCUGUAAUGCCUGUGGACUCUAUCAGAAG